AAAAUAUCCUGGGGGGAUUCCUUUAUGGGUUUGUGCUGCAAAACAUAAUCGUCGGCGCAAUCACCGUUCAGACCUUCCUGUAUUAUCAUAGGUUCCCUAAGGAUCAUAUUUCUUUGAAAUUCAUCGUCGGAUUCUUAUGGCUCACCCAGAUGUUUCAAGUGAUAACUUCGGCAGUUGCGACGUAUAGAAUACAGACUCGCCACUUCGGAGUUCUGCCGUCAACUACAGUAUGGUAUGAUACCGUCUAUCAGAUUUCUCUGGUUAUUUGUUCCACUGUCGUGCAGCUUUACUUCGCCUUUCGUCUCUACCGAUUUAGUGGAUCGAUCUGGCUAUCAGCGCUGGUCGUCCUCUGCACCCUGGGGCAAGUUGGGACUGGACUCGCGAUCUGGAUCAAAGCGAAUGUCACCCACGAGCUUGAAAGCUUCAUCCAGCCUAUACGCCACGUCGUGAUAACUUGGCUGACAUUGGAGGCAGUGGCAGACCUCGUGAUUGCCUUCGCUAUGUCAUAUUUCCUUCAGAAGCGCCGCACAGGAUUUCGACCGACGGAUACGGUGUUACGAAAGUUAGCAGUAUAUGCCAUCAACACUGGCCUGCUGACCAGGUACGAUUUGUCGGGAAAUAGCUCCAUGAAUCAACCUUUCUCGUAUUCAAUAAUUCAGUAUUCUGGCAUUGGCCAUCAUGUUUGCCUUCGUAUUCUACGGCUUCCACUUCAUCCAGCUGAUAUUCGGCAUGCCGCUUGGAGGUGUCUAUACAUCCUCCCUUUUGGCUAAUUUACAUUCGCGCUCGAGACUUCG